UCCUCUUACAUAAAAGAAGAAGAAAAUUCUCGACAGCGCGUGUCUAGAAUGUUACUGAUAACGGGUUGUUUCGACAGCGCGUGUUGUUAAUAAUUCAUAGAUGAAUCAGAUACGUUGCAGGAAGUAUACACACGGCAUCGAACUAUUGCUACGAAAAGCAUACUUUUCCAUGUUUCCUUCUGUCUCGACAUGAAGUGUUUCAUAUUUACCGUUUUAUUGAUCACAGUGGUCCUCCUUGUAACAGUACAAGGUCAAGGUGGUAGUCCUGGUUCUCCUGGGGCACCAGGUACACCAGGUUGCCCUGGUGGUCCAGGAGGCGACGGUAGUCCAGGAGGCGCUGCUGGUCCAGGAGGCACUGGUGGUUCUGGAGGCACUGGUGGCCAGGGAGGCACAGGUUCUCGUUGCGGUAGUUCAGAUUGCCCUGGUGGUCCAGGAGGGGCUGGUGGUCCAGGGGGCCCUGGUGGUCGAGGAGGCACUGGUGGUCCAGGAGGCCGUGGUGGCCAGGGAGGCUAUGGUAAUCCUAAUGGUUCUCCUGGUUCUCCUGGACCACAAGGUAGUCCAGGUAGCCCUGUUGGUCCAGGAGGCGCCGAAGUUCCAGUGAGAGCUGUUGCUCCAGGAAGCGCUGGUGGAUUGAUCAUGCUACCCUUGUAUCCAGAGUGUGCCACUUAUGGUAAAUUAAUGCACGAUAUGUUUGAAGAAAUGCGGAAUGAUAAUCAAGUUGGACCAGAACAAUGUGAAUCAGGAAAUCAUACAAUAUGCAUGUCUGAAGAUAUGGAAAAGGUUCGCUGUGCAGUAACUGAGCCAAUGCCACAAGACUGUGUUGAUAAGAUUAUGGAGUUUGUACAAGGAAAUUUAUGCUCCGGAGCCGAAGUUUGAUGAAAUCGAAAUUUAAAUUGUAAAUAUAACUGUUGCCACCUUUUAUGAUGAAACAUGAAAUGUCGGUGAAAUAAAUAUAUUCAAUUAUAAAA